GGUUCCUAGUGAAUACACCCCAGGGCAGGGCCAGUUUAGCUCGAAUCCGCCAACCAGCUGAGAACAAACACAGCUGCCUUCUCAUGACGUGACAGGUUUUAAUGGUGGUAUAAAAAGCUGCAGUUUUCUUUUUCUGCCAACUCGUCUCGAGGUUUCACUAUACGGUUUAAGAUUAUACGUUCAUUACAGCGGCAUCAACACAAAGGAUUUUACCUUGUUUUUUCCUGAUCUAACUUUUCGCUAUUUUAUUCACGGUAAACUUUUAACAUGUUCAUAGCCCUACUGUCUGUAAAUGUUGGUUUACUUAUGGAGAAUGUAGUACAAAGUUAAAUUGAUGUUAAUGGCUAUGCUUUGAUACCGUGUUUUUCUUUUCUUGUAUCCUGGUUGGUGUAGGCUACAGAGUUUUAUUGACCUGUUUUGUUGUCUUGUUUUUCAGAAUUUGUAGUAUGUUUUUUGGAUACAUCGUUUUUGAACGUUUUUCUAUGGAAGAACAAGGCAACCAAAUCAUAAUUGAAAGUAAUUUUGACCAGAGGGACGCCUUUAGAGAAUCCUGAUCUCUGCCAUCACCGUCCUUGGUCACUUGAGUAAAGGUAAAGUAGGCCACAUUAUCUAUAAGAAAAGUUGGAUAAAGCUUUUUCGCCUGAUCUCUAGAUGUAAUAAUGCAUAGCCUAAUUUUUAUUUAGUAAAUAGUAAGUUGAAAUGUCUUCAACAUUAAUAUAAUUAUAAUUCACCAUUAAUAUAAAUUAACAUAGGCUUGUCUGUUAUUUUGAAGUUGUGGAGUUAAUGCUUUUGUUUUCACGAUCACUACAUUGUAUCCCUGCAUGCAGUGUUGGCUGAAUAAUCACUAUCUGAUUCAGCAUCGCGUAAACCGGGUACAGCUCUUCCUUUGUUGACUCGAGUCAUUUGCUUAGUCGUGUGCUACUGACAUGGUAACAGGCAGAUCCGCCAAUGGGGAUGUUUCAUGGCAGUUCCGCAAAUUGAGUAGACCACUGAGCGAGGUCUGAAACAACUGCUUGCCUACAGUUUGAACUAAGCCCCUCCAAUUUCCACUUGCUUUGGAGGUAAAAAGCUCCACCAAUCUGUCAUUAUGGCGAAACAUCACCAUUUCUACAAUUUAUCUUCUUAAAAUCAGGUUUUAAGCAUAACCUUUCCCUACACUGCUAACCUAAUGCCUACCCCUAACCUUAAAUUAAGACAUUUUAAUUAUUAAUAAAUGUUUAUGAUAUAGCCCAUUUUGACUUUGUGGCUGUGGUAACUAGUGACAACCUGCUUGUUGCUAUCCUCUCAGCCAUCAUUGUUUUGGUCUCACAUGCUGAGUGCUCAUUGGCUAUUGGCAGUAGUCCUUGUCCAACUGCGUCGUAGCCCUGCUUAAACUACAAGACGCACAAACAAAAUGUCUGAAUUUUAGGGACAUCCGACAGGAGUCUGGAGAACGGAACAGCCAUCAUUAGUGUGUCCUUGACCUGCUCAAACUAUGCGAGUCCCGACGUACUGAUCCUAGCCCAAGUUCAUAGGAUUUCACCCUGAUCGGCAAAACAUGGCAACUUCGUGGUGAAAUUGUGUAGUGUAUCAGCAUUAGAAUAGUUGAAUACACAAGGUGCAAGUUCGAAAUUUGGUUGUGCAUCAGCAGUUUUCUCAUGGUUUGUCGGUCACUCAAUUAGCCAUUUCAGCUAAUAAAAGUUUGAUUGGUAAGUUAGUCUAGCCAUUUAUCUAAACUUGUAGUAAUCAUGGCUGAAUACCGACUCUGCCCAGGGGCCCUGACCUCCAGGCCCCCCCAUUUGAUUUAGUUAGUUACUCUCAGUCAGAUAUCAUUAACAUGGCAUAAGUCAGGUAGCCUAGGGGUGAAGAGUGUUGGGCCAGUAACCAAAAGGUCGCUGGUUCGAACCCCCGACCUGACUAGGUGAAAAGUCUGUCGAUAUGCCCUUGUGCAAGGUACUUAACCCUAAUUGUGCCUGUAAGUCACUCUGGAUAAGAGCGUCUGCUAAAUGACUAAAAUGUGUAGAAUUGCAGGAAAUUUCAUUUAAAACUGCAAAAAUAUCUCUGCUCAAUGGUAAAAUGUGUAGAACUGCAGAACAAUAACUUUAAAACUCACGUAUGGCCCCAAAAAGGCUAGAGCUGGCCCUGGCUACCAUGGUCUAGUUGGAAUUGUUGUGCCAACAUACAAUUGUGAUAUGGAAACAUGUCAGUGAAAUUAUGAAUAUUGCCAAUUAUUUGAAAAAUUGUUAAUUUGUCCCUCUCCCUUUUCAGAAUUGGGCAGAGUUCCCUUCGUCUUCACCUCAUCAGUCUUCUUACAUUUUCACAUACCAUUUAUCUGGAUAAAAUGGUUGGAUUCAGACCUGCUGACGUGCCCCCAACCGCUGCUGUGAAGUUUAUUGGUGCUGGAACAGCGGCCUGCAUUGCUGACCUAUUCACCUUUCCCUUGGACACAGCCAAAGUCCGGCUACAGGUAAGCCUAUGGAUCAUGUGUUCUUUGUUGAAAUGGACUGGUGGGGUCCUCUAUUGUAGCGCCAUGAAAUGGAUCACCCAAGCAUUUGCCACCUGGUUUUGUUCAGCAGAUGGGGACCCAGGAUGGUUGGAACUGGUCAUCAUUUCUCAAAUUAAAUCACAUGUGAAAGGGCUCAUUUGACUGGUCAAAUGUGGUGAGCCAUCAUACUAAAAGGGAUGCUUGACAUUACUGCUGCAUCAAUAUUUUUACUGGCCAUGGGUCCAAAUUCUGAAACUUGGUUGGUCCACAAAAUGGCACCAAAUCCAUCACUGACCCCAAAAUGUCCCCUUUCAUUUCUGGUUAAUUGUAUUUACCCUUUUUUUUGUUUUUUGCCAACAUUAAAACUGACUUGCACCUUCUAUUUCCUUCAAUUUUGUUCCUCCCGACUUCCUUCCCCAACUAAGCGGCCCAGGAGGUGAUGGUAAAGCCGUUGGAAUCUGCAGACCCUGGAUGUAGCGUCAUGGACACUUGUGCCUGGACCCCCGUCCUCCCCAUGCUCCCUCCCCAGUGUCUGUUAAGUCUCGCUAUGCCCCUUUUGUUCCGCACAGAUCCAGGGAGAGGAGAAAGGUACAGCAGUGAGGUAUCGGGGCGUGUUUGGUACCAUCACCACCAUUGUGCGUACAGAGGGGGCCAGGAGCCUCUACAACGGGCUGGUGGCAGGGCUCCAGAGGCAGAUGAGCUUCGCCUCCGUCCGUAUCGGCCUCUAUGACUCUGUCAAGUCAUUCUACACCAAAGGCUCAGACCGUGAGUAGGCUACACAUCACAUACUGUAUGCCAACAUCGUGACCCUUUUCAAACGAUACUCAUUCUCUUGAAAGUGGAACUCCCACUGUUCUAACUGCCCCUUUCUCUCUCCAGAUGUAGGGAUUGGCAGUCGCCUGCUGGCGGGCUGUACCACUGGAGCCAUGGCAGUCGCAUUAGCCCAACCCACAGAUGUGGUGAAGGUCCGCUUCCAGGCACAGGCUAGUUCCUCUGGGCCAAACCGGCGUUACCAUGGUACCAUGCAGGCCUACAAGACCAUCGCCAAGGAAGAGGGCAUGCGUGGUCUGUGGAGAGGUGGGUGUUUGCUUGAUCACAUGGAUCAUUUGUGCCUUUGUCCAAUGUUUUGGUCUGCCAGUAUUGCAAAUGUUUCCAUCCCCACCUUGCAGGUACUGGCCCAAACAUUGCCCGCAAUGCUAUCGUGAACUGCACUGAGCUGGUUACAUAUGACCUCAUCAAGGACGCACUUCUUAAAAACACUCCCCUGACUGGUGAGCCUUUGUCAUGACACAUAUUUAAACCCUCAUACUUCUCUCUGGUAUUGUGAUGCCUCUCCUUAACCCUUUUCAUUCGCCCUACAGAUGACCUCCCCUGCCACGUCACAUCUGCAUUCGGUGCAGGAUUCUGCACCACUGUGAUUGCCUCUCCUGUGGAUGUUGUGAAGACGAGAUAUAUGAACUCUGCCCUCGGCCAGUACAGCAGCGCCCUCAACUGUGCUCUUGCCAUGGUGACCAAGGAGGGACCUCUUGCUUUCUACAAAGGGUAAGCCAUAUGUCUUAUGAAUAAGUGUUUUAGUUGCCUGGAGUCUCCUGGACUGGGUUGCACCAGAUGGAUUGUUUUGCAGGGCUCGUACACCUUAUCGGUCAGUGCUUUGAAUAUAGCUGUUGCUGCUUGCUUUGUAUCAUUCAAAUUCAUGUCUAACAACCUGGUCAUUACGCUGAACAAAAACGCAACAUGUUAAGUGUUGGUCCCAUGUUUCAUGAGCUGAAAAAAAAAAAAUCACAAAUGUUCCAUACGCACAAAAAGCUUAUUUCUCUCAAAUGUUGUGCACAAAUUUGCUUACAUCCCUAUUAGUGAGCAUUUCUCCUUUGCAAAGAUAAUCCAUCCAUCUGACAUGUGGCAUAUCAAGAAGCAGAUUAAACAGCAUGAUCAUUACACAGGUGCACCUUGUGCUGGGGAAAAUAAAAGGCCACUUUAAAAGUGCAGUUUUGUCACACAAUACAAUGCCACAGAUGUCUCAAGUUUUGCGGGAGCACGCAAUUGGCGUGCUGACUGAAGGAAUGUCCACCAGAGCUGUUGCCACAGAAUUUAAUGUUCAUUUCUCUACCAUAAACUGCCUCCAACUUUGUUUUAGAGAAUAUGGCAGUAAGUCCCACCAGCCUCACAAUCGCAGAUCAUGUGUAACCACGCCAGCCCAUCCGGUUUCUUCAACUGCUGGAUCGUAUGAGGGAGGGGUGGGGGGGGGGGCUCCCCAGUGGGUGGACCCCUGCCCAGUGAUGUGAAAUCCAUAGAUUAGGGCCUAGUGAAUUUAUUUCAAUUGACUGAUUUCCUUGUAUGAACUGUAACUCAGUAAAAUCCUUGAAAUUGUUGCGUUUUAAUUUUUGUUCAGUCGUUUAUUUCCUCCUCCCCCUCCGGUUAAUUGAAGCUUUUGCCUUGAUCUGAGUUGUCUCAAUUCUCUCCCUACAGGUUCAUGCCCUCUUUUCUACGACUGGGCUCGUGGAACGUGGUGAUGUUUGUUACAUAUGAGCAGCUGAAACGUGCCAUGAUGUCAGCCCGCCAAAACUAUGGCACUCCUCUGUAGACCUGGCCAUUGGCUGCAGUGGAUGGUGAUGCUGUGUUGCUCAUAUUCCAUUUAACUAUAUUUUGUGGCCCUUGUAGUUUCCAUUUUAAACCACUUUUCACUCACCUUUCACUGAAGCAUAUUCCUGAGACUGAAGAGCUUGUCUUUCUAUUGUCUUUUUUAAGUGCUUUAACCUUUGACAAUAAAAUGUAUACUUGUAAUUACGACUUCUGUCUUUUUU